GUAUUAUCAAUUUUUUACAAAAGGCAAUAAUUUCAGUUCUAUUCUUUUUGUGAUGCAUUUGUAUAAUUUCCAUUUUUCUAAUGUAAAUCAUCUAUUGAUUUAACAGACAACGUACACCCACAUUUAUAAAUCAGAAUACAAUUAUGACUUAAUUUAAUUUAACAGCUUAAUGCGAAUCAUGGGCUGUGCAUGUGAAAAGCAAAAUGUCACUAUACAGGAUAACAAGUACCAUGUCAUAGACCAAAUCGGACAAGGCUUUUGAAAAUAAAUCAACAGUUAGAAAAAUAAUAUUGUUUUAACAUGUCACUUCAGUGUUUACAAAAAGCUAUGUUUAUUAUAAAAACCCCAAACCAUUUAAGAUAUUUAGGCUAUGAUUUGGAUAAACAUAAAUAAACUUAUAUUUUUGGUAAAUACCCACAGUUUGCUGAUUUUAAAAACCCACUGAAUUUUUAUCGAGUUAGAUGUUUGCCAACUCCAUUGUCUGUUGUGUUAAUGGUUUUAGUUCAGUAUUCCUUGUUAAAAACUCUAACAAAGUGGAAUAUGUACUAAAAUGUAUUUACUGCCAUGAUGAGGGUGAUCGAGAAAAAGCUUGGAAUGAGGCUCACCUACAUAAACUUUUUCAAAACAGCUAUGAUGAUCAGUAUAUAAUCAAAUUAAUGGGAUGUAAAAUGCUUGAAAAAUCUACAGAGUUUUCAAAAACACCUACCGAUACAUUUCUCAUGUUGUUACCAUAUUAUAAGAGUGGAUCUCUCCUUGAUCGUUUAACGUUAUUUCCUAAUCAAACAAAUUUAAAACAAAUUGUGCAAUAUUUUCGUAAUAUUUGUUUGGGUAUAAAAGUAUUUCAUGAUAUGUCUUAUGCACACAGAGACAUAAAACCUGCUAAUAUAUUAUUUAAUAACAACAAUGAACCAAUCAUUAUAGAUUUAGGAUCUGCUGCCCCUGCCAAAAUAACAAUAUCUUCACAAAAAGAAGCACAAAAACUACUCGAUGAAGUAAGUGAAAGGUGUUCAAUGACAUACAGAGCUCCGGAAUUGUUCAAUAUUGACAUAGAUUCUGUAAUUGAUGAAAGGAUAGAUAUUUGGUCUUUAGGAUGUUUGCUAUACGCCAUGCUCUACAAAAAAUCGCCUUUUGACUUGGUGUAUGAACGUGGGGAUUCCGUUGCAUUGGCUGUGAUUAGUGGGAAAAUAAAUUUUCCAUCAUAUUCUUGUGAAAGUUUUAACAAUCUCAUAAUGAAAAUGCUUACAACAGAUCACCUCAAGAGGCCAAAUAUCGAUAAUGUUUUAGAAUAUCUUACCAUUUUAGACGACUCCUUAAACAAAGAUGCUAUCAACCAAAACUUCACUUCACAAAAAUAUUUGUUUUGAAGACCAUUUAUAGUUUUUACAUCAUACAACUAAAUUCAUGUGCUGCUACAUUGUAUGCAAAUUGUAUUUAGGAAUAACUUAUUAUUUUUUUUAUAUAACGAUACUAAAAUAAUAACAAUAUAUAUAUUUUUUUUUUA